ACAUUGUUAACCUCCCUGGAGGUAUUCCCGAGUGUAGCACGUGGUAAAGUUUCAGCACCACAAGCGGUAACCCCGAGCUACACUCGGGAAUACCUUGCAGCGUUGCUCCAGGAUCUCUUCUGCACUUACCUUUUCCUGUGCUCCCGCGAUGUCCCCCCUGCAGCUUCCCCGGCCACGUCCCAGGCCGAUGCCGGCAUCUGUCUUCCGGAUUUCCAUUCCCUGCGAUGUCAGGAAGUACGGGGACGGAACGGAGGGAAAUUUAAAAUGUCAAAAAGUGUCAUUAUUGUAUCAAACCAUUUCACAUACAUUUUGUCCCUAGUGCUUUGUCCUGUGCCCUGCCUGCAUUUUGACUGUUCUUUCUGCCUGGAAACUGAGAAACGUCCAUGGCGUCCAAAAAGCGUCCCUUUAGGUCAAAAGCAGUUUUAGACCAGCUAGAGAACAGCGAUAGUAAAUCAGAACUACUUGCAGAAUUGA